AUGUUUGGCAUCGUACGCGGCCUUAAGCCAGCAUGUGGGCUCUCACUAGGCUUUAAAAUAUACUGCCGAUCUUUGGGAUCGGCACCACCAUUCGAUCUGGACUUAGACGCUCAAAACGAUAAGUUUUCCGAUUUGAACAAUAUGUACACCGAAAUGUUCACAAACGAUGGUUUGGAACCUUCAAAAUUGCUUACGAGUAGUAGCAAGUCAGCUACACAUAUAUACGAUUCUGAAGUUGAUGAAUUAAACGCAGAAUUUACAGAGACUUAUGACUUUUCGCCAAAAAUCAUUUGCGGCCAAGAAUUGACAAAACUUGUCGAAGCUCCGGGCCGUUUUAUAAUCCAGAGUUUGUCGAACAAUCCCUAUUACAACUUGGCUGUGGAAGACUACGUUUUCAAAAACACUCCUGUGGUCAAGGGACACACGUUUUUAAACGAAAGGCUUCUCUUCUACGUGAAUGGAAAAUGCGCGGUCAUUGGUAAGAACCAAACACCAUGGAAAGAAUUGUUUCUACAGAAUUGCAAAUCCAAAGGGUAUCGUUACGUUCGACGGUUGUCGGGCGGAGGAGCUGUCGUGCACGAUCUUGGAAAUGUUAAUUACUCAUAUUUAACUUCCCGCGACGCUUUCCAGCGCGAAUAUUUCAAUCAGAAGAUCGUGGGAUGGCUAAAAGAAGCUCGCCCUGGGACGCAGUUCGACCUCAAUGAGCGAGGCGACAUUCAUCUAGACGGUUUUAAAGUUAGCGGCAGUGCCUUCAAGAUUGCAAGAGGCAAAUCAUAUCAUCACGGCACGAUGCUAGUGGACUCAGAUCUUGCAUCUUUCAGGGGACUUCUCAAACCGGCUCACAUUGAUAAUGUUUCUUGGUCUGGCGGAAGCGUUGACAGUGUCCGAUCCCGUGUCAAAAAUAUACAAGGCGCGGGCUUCAAGAAAACGGGCGACUUUAUUGACAUCUGUGUUCAAGGCUUUAGAACAACGUUGCAGGAGGACGUCCCGCUUUAUUUAAUUGACGAAGAAAUUACGCAGACCGAUGCUAUCAUGGCCACCACCGGCCAUUUGGCCAGUGACGAGUGGUUGUACGAUAGCGGGCCCAAGUUUGUCAUCGCUCUGGGUAGAGAAAAGCUUUCGGUGGAGAAAGGAUUGAUUGCAGACUCUACGAUUCCGGGACUCGCCGGACAGCAUUUCACAAGCUUCGUUGAAUCCUUCAAUAAAGGUAAGUUUGGAGAUUUUGAUGUGAAUAUAUGA